GUGUGUGAUCUGAAGUAGUCUGCUUUUUUCUUUUUCUCCCAUCUUGUCCAACACACCACCUUCAUAUCCUUAAUGUUGUUCUUCUAUUAGUGUUGGAGAUGCCAGUGACUUCCACCCCAGCAUAAGCUGAUCUGAUUUGUACGUUUUAAAAUAUCUGGUAACAGACCCAUUAGGCGAUCGAAAAGCCUGUUCUCAUUAGGGGAUCGGAGGUGGAGAGGCCAGUACGCAGGCACGGGGAGCAUCAGCGGCAGCGGAAGGCAGGUGGAGCACCACUGAAUGCGAAUCUGUGUCCGCUUGGUCCUUGAAUCCCUGCUAAUGGAACCAGGGAAUCUUUGGGACAGUCGCCGCUCCUGCUCGCUGUCUGUACGCUCCGUCACGAUGCUGUGGUGCUUGUUGCUGCUGUGUGCAAGCGGUGCCUUGGGACAGCCUUCCCAAGAUGAAGUCUUCUCUCUGCCAGGGCUGAACACCAGGAUCAACUUCAGGCAGUGGUCAGGCUACCUGGAGGCAGGUCCUGGCAUACAUCUGCACUACUGGUUUGUGACAUCUCAACGAGACCCAACCACUGACCCUGUGGUCCUGUGGCUGAACGGUGGCCCAGGGUGCAGCUCGUUGGACGGAUACCUCUCUGAAAACGGACCUUUGCAUGUGGAUGACAAUGGGCAGACCCUCUACAUUAACGAGUACAGCUGGAACAAGGUGGCCAACAUGCUGUACCUGGAGUCUCCGGCUGGUGUUGGCUUUUCCUACUCCGAUAGCGGAGACUACACCACCAACGAUAAAGAGGUUGCCGAGAACAACUACCUGGCUCUGCAGGACUUCUUCAGGAAAUUCCCUGAGUUUGCAAGCAAUGAGUUCUAUGUGUUUGGUGAAAGCUAUGCUGGGGUUUACGUUCCAUCACUGAGUCUCAAGAUCGCAGAGGGCUCAGCACAAAUCAACUUGAAGGGUUUUGGAGUUGGCAAUGGAAUGAGCAGCGAGCGUCUUAACGAUCAGUCACUUGUUUACUUUGCCUAUUACCAUGGCCUCAUCGGGGACACAUUGUGGUCUAACCUGAAUUUAUACUGCUGUGGAUAUGGACCCUGCAACUUCUACAACAACAAUAACUACAACUGCCAAGAAUCGCUCUACAAAGUCUACAAGGUCAUCUACAACAGUGGACUCAAUUUGUAUGCAUUGUACAGGAAAUGUUCUGGGGGAGUACAGAAAUAUUUUAAUCGACUCGAUGCGGACAUGAAGAACGUCUUCCAGUUUUACAAGUUUGAUGAGAGGAUGGCUACAGAUACGUCUGGAAACUUUGCUCCACCAUGCGUCAAUGAUACAGCUAUGUGGACCUGGCUAAAUCGUGCUGACGUGAGGGCAGCUCUGCAUAUCCCAAGAAAUGUCCAGGGCUGGCAACUCUGCAGUGAAGAGAUUAGUAGAACCUAUGGCCGCAUCUACACCAACAUGGAGACCUUCUACCUGUCACUCCUCAAUAUGGGUCUGCGUGCGCUCGUCUACAAUGGGGACACCGAUAUGGCCUGCAACUUUCUGGGAGGCAACUGGUUUGUGCGGUCACUCAAUCAGGUGAAAACGGUCGAUUACCAGCCAUGGAUCUGCGAUAACCAGAUUGCUGGGUUCUACGAACAAUACGGAAGCCUCACGUUCCUGACUGUCAAGGGAGCCGGACACAUGGUACCACAAUGGGCACCCCCGCAGGCUUUGAAGAUGUUCGAGUCCUACCUCUCCAACACUUCGUACUGAGACAGCACCCACUCAGUUUCCCAGCUCGCCGGCUCGCAAUCCAAAGGCCCGAUGAUUGGCCGCUUUUCUAGCUUCUCUUAUGACAAUAAGCUUUUUAAUCACAGUACACGGACUAGAGUAACUGGCAGCAAGCUAAGCCAAGUACAAAUGAGACUGAUAGAAAGUGGGAGAUAAUCUCAGUCAGUUUCAGGCAACAUUGUGAACCUAACUCAAUAACCCAGAGACAAUCACACAUCACCCGGUUAACACUAAGGUACAGGCAGUUCCCCAGGAUACAAGAAGGUUCCACUGCUGAGAACUGCUUGUCGCUCAGACCUUUUAUUCAUAAGUUGGAGAUCAGCAAAACCGUGCAGGGGAGGGCACAGAAACAUCUACCAUGGGAGUACGAAAGGGGCGCUGUGCACUGCCGAGCGACGGAGCGAGUUUGCUCAGCUCUGCUUGGUUCCAUCCAGCCCCACGGUUGUUGGGAAAGAAGCCACGGGGAAAUGUCCCGUCCCACCAGGCAGAAGAUGCCCACUGCCCUGCAUUUGCGGCAAAUCCAUCCUCAACCAUCCCACUGGUCUCCCAAAUGCUUAUUUAUGUGUAUGGACUGUAGCCUAGGCAGGAGCAGUGCAGUGUUAGCCACCCAAGACAAUCCUUUCCUGUUAAUAAGGCAUGAAUAUAUGUUUGGGAUUGUUCCAGAGUGGGGCCAUUCCCUUACUAGGAACGUCUUCCUUGUACACGGGGAAAUCCUUCUGCUCAAUUUGGUGCCGGUGCUGUUUCUAAUUACAAAUUCUAUUCCAGGACUUGGCUAGUUCGCACACAGGGGAUGGUUAAUCACUGAAAAUUCACAAACCAACCAGUUCCUUGAAGGAGCUUCUUCAAAGGAGUGAUUUACGAUGACAUAAAUGUGAUUUCAAACAAAAGAUUAGGGGAGCAAUUGAACAAAUUCAACACUUUCCCUCCCCCCUGAGAGUAGCUCUUAGUCCACGAUCUUCCUUCUGGUGAAACAGGUCAAAAGUCCAGGAGUGCCGUGCAUGGCCGCAGGCGCGCAGUUUGCAUCGACACGUGUGGGCCUUUGACACUUUGUGGUGUGGAAUUCUCUUCGCUGGUGGCUGUGCAGAAUGGGAAUGUGCCCUUUGCUAGGGCCAGCACAACAGGGUAUUCUGAAAUACAAUGACAGGCAAAUAAAUCA